ACGACCGGUCCACUCAGCCACUGCGAUUGUCACCACUCGUACCACUCACCAUCCAUCACUCACCACCCAUCACCAUCCAUGGCGUCCUCAUCAAAAGGCAAGCAACCUGCGGUGCCGGCUACGGCAAAGCAUGCAGAUGCGGAGAACUACGAGAUGCCCUGGGUUGAGAAAUACCGCCCACUGUUGUUGUCCGACAUUGUGGGCAACUCGGAAACAGUCGAACGGCUAAAAGUCAUCGCCGAGGACGGCAAUAUGCCGCACAUCAUCAUCAGCGGCAUGCCCGGUAUCGGCAAGACGACCUCGAUCCACUGUUUGGCGCACGCGCUACUGGGUGAUGCGUAUAGGGAAGGUGUCCUCGAGCUUAACGCGUCGGACGAGCGCGGUAUUGACGUGGUGCGGAACAAGAUCAAGUCAUUUGCACAGCGCAAGGUCACAUUGCCGGCAGGGCGGCAUAAGAUUGUCAUUCUAGAUGAGGCAGAUUCAAUGACAGCUGGCGCGCAACAGGCACUCCGACGAACAAUGGAGAUUUACUCGAACACCACGCGUUUCGCUCUUGCCUGUAAUAUGAGCAACAAAAUUAUCGAGCCCAUUCAGUCGCGGUGCGCAAUCCUGCGUUACAGCAAAUUGCGGGAUGCUGAGGUUCUCAAGCGCCUUCAGGAGAUCUGCGAGGCUGAAAACGUGCAGUUCAACGACGAGGGCCUGGCAGCGCUCAUCUUCACUGCGGAAGGCGAUAUGCGACAGGCGAUCAAUAACCUCCAGUCAACGUGGAGCGGCUUCGGGUUCGUGUCACAGGACAACGUAUUCAAGAUUUGCGACCAGCCGCACCCCAUCGUUAUUCGAGGUAUGAUCAAGAGCUGCCAGAAGUCGGAAAUCGACGAGGCGCUCGCCCGUAUCCACAGCUUGUGGGAGCAGGGGUACGCGGCCGUUGACAUUGUUACCACCAUCUUCCGCGUCGUCAAGACCAUGGAUGAGCUUCCCGAAUACACUCGACUCGAGUUCAUCCGGGUGAGUUGGAAAGGAGACGCCGCUAACGUGCAGGAGAUUGGGUGGACACACAUGCGAAUUCUCGAGGGCGUGGGGACCAUCGUGCAACUUGGCGCCAUGAUCGCGCGCUUGUGCCGCAUGUCGUUACCGCCUGACGCGCUGAAGUUGUGAUUAUGGGGUCACGGAUCGACGAGGAGAUACACAUGUACAAGCCAUGCUGCUGCUCACAGAUGGCUCAUUUCUGGCGCAUAAGGAGCUCAUCUUAAUGACGCAGUACACGGCCAAAUUGCAGAUACAGACGGGAGGCAUCUGGAUCGGAGGAAG